CAAAAUCAAAAUGAGCAAACCCUAAACCUAAUCAUUAAACCCAUUAAUCAAUAAUCACUACAAAUCAAUCACAAACAUUUUUCCUGCCUCUGCGUCCCUUUUACGCUUCCCAACCGAAUAUGAUCGUUCCACAAUCUCAACUCAUCAGAUAUGAUUCUGCUGUUGGUUCAUCACGCGAGACUUCAGCAGCGCCUGCAAUUUUGCCUUCUAUUCAGAAUGGUAUUCCAAUGCUUCUAAUUUUGCAGUCUGCUGGUGGUUCAUCACAAGAUACUUCAGCAGCGCCUGCAAGUUUGCCUUCGGCGCAGAAUGGUAUGCCAAUGCUUCUAAUAUUGCCGGCUGUUGGUUCAUCACACCAGACUUCAGCAGUGCCUGCAAGUUUGCCUUCUGCGCAUAAUGGUUCAUGGCAACUUCAAAUUUAUGGCAAUGAGACUAAAAUAAUGUUGCCUAACCAAACCAAAGUCAUCAAAGCUUUCAGAUGUGAAGUGUGUGAAAUUGAAGUCAAUAGCCAAGUCUCUUUAGAAAAUCACAUAGCUGGAAAGAAACACAAGAAAAAUUUGCAACGGCAGACUAAUCCUACAGUUGCAUCUCAUGCGAAUGUACAAACUGACACAAGUAGUAUCCAAGGUCAAGCAUUAAUUGGUCCUGUACCCGAGCAAUCAGAGCCUAAGAAACAGGUUGAUAGUAUACAAGGGCAAGCAUUAAUUGGUCCUGUGGCCGAACAAUCAGAGCCUAAGAAACAGGUUGAUUCUGUUAAGAAUGUACAAACUGACACAAGUAGUAUCCACGGACAAGCGUUAAUUGGUCCUGUAGCCGAACAAUCAGAGCCUAAGAAACAGGUUGAUUCUGUUAAUAAUGUACAAACUGACACAAGUGGUAUCCAAGGACAAGAGUUAAUUGGUCCUGUAGCCGAACACUCAGAGCCUAAGAAACAGGUUGAUUCUUUUAAGAAUGUACAAACUGACACAAGUAGUAUCCAAGGACAAGCGUUAAUUGGUCCUGUAGCCGAACAAUCAGAGCCUAAGAAACAGGUUGAUUCUGUUAAGAAUGUACAAACUGACACAAGUGGUAUCCAAGGACAAGCGUUAAUUGGUCCUGUAGCCGAACACUCAGAGCCUAAGAAACAGGUUGAUUCUGUUAAGGUUUGCUCAACAUGCAAUGUUGUGUGCGUUGGUCAAGAUACAUAUAACAAACAUGUUGCUGGGAGAAAGCAUGCGGCUAAGGUUGCCUUGAAGUCUAAUGAUGGCAUUGGUCCAUCUAUUGCCGAACUCAAGCGUAAAGGUGAUGCUCCAAUUGAAAAAGCUGCUAAGAAAAUCAAGGUUGCUGAAUCUGUAUGGUGUGAAUUUUGCAAGAUUAAUUGUAACAGCAGGGAUAGCUACACUGCACACAUAUCCGGUAAGAAACACUUGAGGAACUUGGAGAAAUUGUCAAAUCCAAAAGUCGGUGUUGGCAGCGGUGCCACUCCCACCACCACCGCAACAAUUACUAUAAUUGAGACACAGGAAAAACCAGAUUCCGAUAACCUAAAAGCAAAGCAGGUACCAGAACUUGAUAUCGAGGCAGAGAAACGUAAAGCUGUGGAAAGAGGAGCUGCAGUUAAUGAUAUUAAAAUGUGCACUUUAUGCAAUGUGGUGUGUAAUAGCCAGGCAAAUUUAAAUACUCACCUUAGUGACCAUAAUCAUGCUGCUAUGGUGAAGAAGGCAGGGUUAAUCACUGGUUGAGGUGAUUAUUGUCAUUGUGUCAUCUAGACAUGGAGUUGGAGACAUUGUAUGUACUAUGCAGUUUGUCAUUGCUAUUGGUGAAAAACUUUCAUUUGAAGUUUUGUAUAGCCUUUUACUUGUAUUAGUGAAACUAAUUACUGUUUCAUUGUUUGUGUUUUGGAAUAUAAAUAAUUGAUAACUUCCAUUA